AAUUAACCUACAGACCAAGAAGAGAGGACUUAUGGUUACAGAACAGUGUAAUGCUGUCAGUCAGAACAAUGGAAAUGCACAGAUCAAACUGACAGAAGGUGAAAGAGGAAAGCAGGGAGCUGAUAUCUUCAUUUCACACUGUGUGGAGAGUGCUGUAACAAACUACUCUAAAUGUGGUGGUUUAAAGCAGCACAAAUUAGCUUACAGUUCUGUGGAUCAGAAGUGCAGCACAGAUCUCACCGGGGACCCAAUUCGGCCGGAAGCGCUGCAGCCUUACCAGCUCCAGCUGGUGGCGGAUUUGGGCUUUUCUGAGCAUAUUCGGCUCAGAGAAACUGUCUGCCGAGAUGGGCCAGCAGAAGGCUUAGGGACAGCCGGGCAGCGAGGCCCUGGGGCGCCCGUGAUGACGGACGCACCCGUGGAGCCUACGCCUCCCCCUGGCUCCAUCCACCCGCUGGAGGGGGUCUGA